AUGUAUGGGUUGCAGUGUGGGGUGAGACAGGGAGGGUUGAGCUCGCCCAAGCUCUUCAACCUAUACAUGAACGGGCUGAUCGGGGAGCUCAGCAGCACAUAUAUAGGAUGCCAUGUAGGUGGCGUGUGUGUAAACAACAUUAGUUAUGCUGACGAUAUGGUGCUGCUGAGCCCGUCGAUUGGAGCAUUAAGAAGACUUCUACACAUGUGUGAAGAGUAUGCGGUGGCUCAUGGGCUUAGAUACAACUCGCUUAAAAGUGAGUUUAUGUUGUUUCAAGCUGGUGCGGCCGGGAGUCAGCGGAAUGUACCAUCUGUUACUCUCGGAGGCUCACAACUAAAAAGAGUUCACCAAUUUAAGUAUCUGGGUCACUGGGUCACUGACAGCCUGUCAGACUCUGUGGAUAUUGAGAGGGAGCGUAGGGCUCUGUGUGUUCGCUGUAAUAUGUUGGCUCGUAGAUUCGCACGUUGUAGUAAACCAGUCAAACUGACGCUUUAUAAAGCAUAUUGUCAAUCGUUCUACACGUGCGGCCUAUGGGCUAGCUUUACGCAGCGGGCUUAUAGUGCACUACGCGUCCAAUACAAUAACGCGUUCAGGAUGUUGUUCGGCCUGCCGCGACACUGUAGUGCAUCAGCCAUGUUUGCUGAGGCGCAGACUGAUUGUUUCUACACUAUCAUCAGAAAGCGCUGCGCCUCGCUGUGGGCGCGGGUGCGCGGCAGCUCGAACAGCAUUCUGCGCGCGCUGGCUGCAGCUUCAUGCUCCGGUCACUCGCUAUGA